AUGGUCAAUGUACCCCAAACCCAAAGGACUUUCUGUAGGAAAUGUGACAAGCAUCAACCUCACAAAGUGACCCAGUGUAAGAAGGGCAAGGAUUCCCUGUACGCCCAAGGGAAGCGGCAUUAUGAUAGGAAGCAGAGUGGUUAUGGUGGGCAGACAAAGCCAAAAAUCCAGAAGAAGGCUGAAACCACAAAGAAGAUCGUGCUCAGGCUUGAGUGUGUGGAGCCCAACUGCAGGUCCAAGAGGAUGCUGGCCAUUAAGAGAUGCAAGCAUUUUGAACUGGGAGGAGACCAGAAGAGAAAGGGCCAAGUGAUCCAGUUCUAA